AUAGCAACAAACCGCCAUGUUUUUUACAAGUCGACGAGAAACGAAGCCACUUUACAGACAAUUAUGUAUCGCAUGACCUUGAUUUAAUAUGAAGCAUAGAUCACCCUCAGCAUUACUUACCGUCGGCACAAUGUCUGACUUUUUCGGCGACUUCUAGAGGUUGUUCAUAGCAGUUUGUAGAGCCUCGGGCCAUCGUAGGUAAGGCUUCAAUAAGAAGGCAUUUCAUUGGAUAACUCACUGACUGUUCAGGCAGUAUAAACACACGCCAUUAAACCUACUUUUAAAGCAGGGAAGGACCAGUGUUUUUAACAUGUUAGCACUUUAUUAGUCUCCCUAAGAGCCCUAUGCAUGACAAGUGUCCAUGAUCUUUUAGCUUGACUAAAAGUUGACUAUUGCUUUAUUCUCUCUGCACGAAGUACCAGCCCACAGUCACACUGUCCUAAUUUCUGUUUCUUUUAUUAGACAAAGUAUCUGUAUUUGCCUCUUAUAAGCUGAGAUAUAGCUGCCCACUGAGCUAUAAUAAACUUCAGAAACCCAGCGCUUUUAUUAAAGCACAGAGGAGUGACGCUGCAAAAUCAUGCGCUGCUGUUGAAACAUUGUAUCGUUUACAUAUUAGGGUGUUAAAAGCACAGUAUUAUGUUAUGCAAUAUACAUUUAAUGUUCUCUUUAUUUUCGGUAAACCUGCCUUUAGCUAAAAUUAAUGCAAACCGAUACAACCCUGCAAUAAAUUCUACCUUCAUGAAGGUUCACACAUGAACAACAAACUCAUCUCAUGCUAUUGGCCCUAGUUGGCCCUAAAACUUUGGAAAUCAUGGAGAAAGUGGAGGUGUUUGAGGUUGUGAAAGUGACUGAGGAGGUGGAGAGCUGCUACAACCAAAUGGAGGUGACUACCCCGAAAAAGAGGAAGAGCAAAGCUCAAGAAGACAGUGUUGAGAAACCUAAGAAGCCUAGGUCUGCCUACCUGCUAUACUACUUUGAUGUUCACCAGAUUAUGCAACAGGAAAUCCCUAAUCUGCCACAGUCGGAGAUCAACAAGCGUAUCAGUGAGAGCUGGAAAAGGCUCAGUGUAGCUGAGAAAGCCUACUAUCUGGAGAAGGCCAAGUCGGAGAAGGAGGGCAUAGACACAUCGUCUCUCAGCCCCUCCAAAGAUCUGCCAGGCUUCCGCAAAAUCCUCCCCAGAGCCAAUUACUUUCUCUUGGCUAAAGGCUGCUCUUCAAAUCACCAGCCAGGAGGCUCUCAGCCAGAGGUGAGCGUGGAGUCUCUGGACUCUCCAGUGGAGGGACACCUUCCUUCUGUCUCUCUCACCCAAGAGCCACAGUUCACACCUCUUGGGUUUGCCGGUGAGGCGGAACUUUCCGAGCAGCCCAUCAUUGUUGAUGACAUAGCAGAGGAAACGGCAGUGGCGUCUCAUCCCACGUCCCCUCGAGGAAUCCCACCUUCCUCUUCCUCCUCUGUGUCAUCCUCGGCCUCCACAGACGCCCAUGUCUCACAGGGCUCUGCUGACCUUACAGCAAAUGGGGUCACGCUGAAAGGAAAUGAGACAAGAGUUGCUGGUAGUGGUUAUGCUGGGGCGAUGGUGCAGCAGAUACAGGGGGAAACUACACAGGUGGUUGCCAUCAUACCCACCCAGAACCUGCUGGAGCCCAAGUCUUUGGCGGGUGUUCGCUCUGUGGGCCCAGUGAUGAUGGUCUCUGUAGGAGCCAGCAUAGAACAAAGUGCCAAACCUCCAUAUAAAAUGUCUGUGAAGACAUACACCAGGAGAGGGCGAGGGAGGUGUCUAAAUCCUGGAUGUUCAUUUGUGUAUGUCACCCGCCACAAGCCACCAACAUGCCCUGAAUGUGGGAGCCACUUGGGCGGAAAAUGGAUACCUGCUGCAAAGAAGACAAAAGAGAAAGAAGCUGCGUCUAAGCAAUUGCCACAGAAAGCUGAAACCAAGUCCAAUGAAAGCUGCCAACCCACUUCUCCCCCUGCUCAGGAGGGGAAUGCUGAUGUCAGUAAAACAAACACCACUGGGAAAAAAAAAGAAGCACGAGUUCAACGGUGUUCCAGAAAGCAGCAUGCAGUUCCAGCUGGAAACCCACCAGAGGGCAGCAGCACCAAGGAGCAGGAACAGACAAAACAAUUGAAAGACAGUCUUGAGGGCACGACUGUCCAAGGUCAAGACAGAAGCAAUGUCACUGUUCAAAAGAGGCCUGUGAGACCCAUCCUUCCUGCCUACUAUAGCACAGGCCGUACUGUGUUCCAGAUCAUAACUGUCCCACCUGACAAAGGAAAAUUUCAGAAUGCAAACAACAAUAAAUCAUUCACUGUGCCUCGAGAGAGUUUCUCAGGUCUCAAACCCAGCACUUUAAAGCAGCUUGGCCAGGCGGUGCAGACAACCACAGCCAAGCAGGAUUCUUCUGCCCCAGAUGGAAGUCAACCUGUGUCUUCACUGGCUGAUAGGAGAUUGAACAUCCUGUCAGUUGUGCCUUUCAAACAACACACCGUUUCCAGCUUUGAUUUGGGACUGUCUACAGCACGAGGAAGGGGUCGGUGUAAGAAUCCGGCCUGUGACUAUAUGUACAAGAACAGACACAAACCUGCAGUGUGCCCUAAAUGUGGCUGUGAGCUGACCCAGAAGUAUGCCAAGGGAACUAAGUCUGGGACUCUGCUCGAUCCGUACCAGGCCCUGAGUCCUGCUCAGAAGGACAUUCAGCGCCAAAAUACCCUGCUUUUACUGCACCGUUCCCUGCAGAUUCCUGAGAGCGAGAUUGAGCUCCAGGAAACGUUGACCCUCAUCCAGGAGCUCAACAGUCUCCAGAUCGUCUUGGUUCAACCAGGCAACCAGGAGCAUGAGGGCAAUGUAGAGACGGAGACGCUGGUCGAGUCUGGGUGGCCCCAGUUCUAUGAAUCAGCAGCUACUCACUGUGGCCUGUGUAACUACCCUCUCUUCAAAGGAAGUCAGAGUACUGUUGCAGGACAAGAGGACUGCUGGCUGCUUACUGAGACACUGAUCCAGACAGCUUCUCUCCAGCUCAAGGUGUGUCUCAACGUUCAGUGUCUGGCUCUGCACAGCUUCACUGACCUGCAUCCAGGUUUGUUCAACAUUGGGAACAGACUGCUGGUUAGUAUCGACCUUUUCCUGAAGAUCAGGGCUAGUAUCAAACUGGGCCAAACCCCCUCUCAGGCAGCCAGGACCAUACUAGACCACAUCCCCAAUCACCCUGUCCACGCUCUGAGUCCAGAGGAGUUAUCUCAAAUUCAAGAGCUUCUCCUGAGUGGCUACUGGGCCUUUGAGUGUCUGACAGUGCGCGAUUACAACGAUAUGAUCUGCGGCAUUUGCGGUGUUGCUCCCAAACUGGAGAUUGCAGAGCGAUACACAAGCAACGUACUGGAGCUAAAGAAUGUGGAGUUUACCUGGCCUGAGUUUUCAGUCUCAGAUGAGGUACACGUUGAUGACUUCUGGCUGACCAUGGAAAGUGAGGCUAUCGAGCAAGCGACUUUCCCCACUGACAUCCCUAUCACACGGGUGGAUGCUUCUAUUAUCGCUCCCUUCAUUCCCCCACUGAUGAGGAGUCCCACUGUUAUCAACACAGAGAAAGACAAGGUCAUGUCACACACACAGCAGCCCUCAGGAGAUCCAUCAGUUUUGGUGCGUCUCAUUCAUGAUGGUCAGCUGAGGCUUGACAAGAUUGAAGACCACAGUGAGGACGAGCUAAGAACAAUACUGGACCAUUGCGGGGCGAGCAUCACCCCAGGCUCCACUAAGAAUGAGCUGCUGGCCUCCCUGAUCUCCUUGUACACACUUGUUCAUAGUGGCCUCUCCACGGCUCCACAGCCCCCUCCACACCUCACCGCUGGCAAGCUGUCCAAGUUCUGCCCCCACAAGGUGGUGUGUGGCUCUAAGUACUUGGUGAGAGGAGAGACGGCUCGAGACCACGUAGACCUGCUGCUGUCCUCUCGCUACUGGCCCCCUGUUUAUGUUAGUGACUGUGCCCGUCAGGUGGCGCUCUGUGCUGACAUGCAGUACCCAGAACUGGCAACCCAGAUGUGGGGCAGGAACCAAGGCUGCUUCUCUGACCCUUUUGAAAAGCCACAGUUUGUGUCAUGUGCUGAGCUACAAGACCAGCCGUACAGCGCUGACCUGUCGUUGGUAGCAGAGAACCAGCAGGUCCACCCCAUCACCAAAUCAUCUUGUUGCUGGCUGGUUCAUCCUCAUGGAGCAGCCCAGGAGCCUCCUGCUCUUCCUUCAGAGCAUCACUCAAUGGUCCUCUGCAGAGAUCUGGAGCCCUACGUCAGCCUAAUGGCUGAGCUGGAGAAAGAGAAGAAAGAGGAGGAUGACGAGGGGGCAGAACAAACAGAACAGUCGAACAAAGCUGAGAGUGACUCCACGGAGAAACCGGAGGACUGUUCCUCGGUGAGCCGUGUGCGGCGGCAACCUGUGGCUUUCAACAACACAGCUUAUUACUACCUUUACAACCGUCUGGUAGAUUUCCUCACCAGCAGGGACAUUGUGAGCCAGCAGAUCAACCAAGUGGUGAAGGCCUGCCAACCUGGGGAGGUAGUGAUCAGGGAUGCUCUGUACCGACUGGGAGUGGCACAGAUCAACACAGAGAAAGAGGAAGAUGAAGGAAGUGGGAUGGAGGGACAGACACAAGAGGGAGGGACAGAGACGUAUGAGGUUGUGCUUCCUGAAUAAAAAUGCUCAGGAUGGACAAUCAACAGGCAGGCAGAGGGAUGGACUGAAUGUAAAGAUGGCUGCAUGCAAAAACAGGAGUACAAGAGAAACAGCCAUGAGGAAAAAGAGUUCGGAAGUUUGAUCCAAGAGUUUGGAAGCCAUGCGGUGCUAACCCCAAUAAGCGAGGAAGCAGAAUAAGCAGGAGAGUAGUUUUUCUUAAUCUAGAGGACUAGCCUGUACAACAGCACAUUUAAUCCACUAUACAUUGUUGUCAGGUUUUACUGAUGGGCUGAAUGUAGAUAAAGUGGGUUGAAUUUUGCAGUAAUGUAGGUAAUGAGAAGAAUGCAAAAUAGUCAGUAGUGUUUACUGUGAAGACGCUAAAAAAAUAAAUACAAUUUCAGAUUACAGGUUACAAAGUCAUUUUUAACUACAGUAAAAGUGAGUGUGAGAAUAAAUAAAAGUCAAGACGAUGGAGACUGAAUGUCAAAAUUACCAUUUCAAAGAAUGUAAUAAUAUUUUCUGUCUUUAAUCAAUAGGGUGCUAAGAGUUAAAAUAAGUGAAAGUGAUCUAAGAUUGAGUCCUAAAUCUAACUCAACUACUUCAAGCCUAAAUGUAUAUAUUUAACCAUGAAUAUAAGUAUGUUGUAUUUAUUGCGCUUUUAUGUCCAGAGACAUUUCUGCUUUACAUUUAACUCUUACCUCUCACCUGCCACUUGUUGCCUUUUGGACUGAUGUUUGCUUUUGAAUAGUGAUAAGAUGUGUAACUGUCAAUUGUACUGAAUCGUAAUGUGGUGAUGGAACUUGUGGUUUUAUUUUGGAUUACAUUUUCUUCUCAAUAGAGAUCAAUUUAAGGACAUACAAUCGGUUAUCUUAAUUCCUGUCAACCAGUCAGCAGCCGGCCUUUGAAAUAAACUGAAGAUAUUUAGUAGAUCUGCUUGCAGGAAGUGCUUCUGAGAGAUUACUUUUUUUCUUAGUACUGGGCACUAAUGUACAGAAGCCCUGAGAGGCAAGUGAGAAAAAAAUUCUGGUGAUCCAUUUUCUGAUGUAAAUUGUAUUCUCUCCUGUGUUUAUAAUUUAAGAACAGGUGAAAAAAAGGAUUUGCCAGGGUCAUUCUUUAAGUGUUUGUUGUUGUAAUACUCAUUUCGGCCACAAGAGGCUGAAGUGCCCCAUGUUCUAAAUAGGACUAAAAAUAUUCACAUUUUCUUCCAGGUGAAGUGCUGAUUAAAAUACAUUUCCAAUGAAAAUAAAGACAUGACAGUAAUGCUACAUACCUUGCUAACACACAAUAUCUGUAUGUACCUUGUGUUUAGAGUGCACGGAGGAAUUAAAACUCGCCUGGAAAACUUAUUUUUUUCUCCUCACAGGUGGAAAAAAAAGAUGUAACGAUCCUGUUCUUAAAUCAUAAACACAGGAGAGAAAACAGUUUAGAUCAGACUUAGAAAAUGGAUCACCAGAAUUUUUUUUUUCCACUUACCUCUCAGGGCUUCCGUACUAAUGCAAUUAAUAUUAAUGAUGGGCUAACAAGACUUUCAUGAAGCAUUGAGGCUGUCCAGGCAGUUGUAUUGAAAAUGCGUUCAUUUGCCUUCAAGUGUUCAAUAAGGACACCAGUUGGUCAAAAGACAUCACAGCAGCCAAGUAUAUUGUGUAGUUAAAGAAAACCAACCAACCAAUUACGUCCUGUAAAUGAAACUGCUGAUGUAACAAAUAAAUAUAAAGAAAUAAUGA